GGCGCGCCUCCGCGCUCUCGCCCCGGAAGUGUUUCCUGCGGGCCGGAGGGCGGGGCGCAGAGGCUGCAAGCAACACAUGUGCAGCUCCCGCGAUGAAGUUCGCGUACCGGUUUUCAAAUUUGCUGGGGACAGUCUAUCGGUGUGGAAACUUAAAUUUUACAUGUGAUGGGAAUUCAGUUAUUAGUCCUGUGGGAAAUAGAGUCACCGUAUUUGACCUAAAAAACAACAAGUCGGACACUCUGCCGCUGGCCACUCGGUACAAUGUCAAGUGUGUGGGGCUGUCCCCAGAUGGCCGCCUCGCCAUCAUCGUCGAUGAAGGGGGCGAUGCGCUGCUGGUCAGCCUGGUCUGCAGGUCCGUGCUCCACCACUUCCACUUCAAGGGUGCCGUGCACAGCGUCUCCUUCUCCCCUGAUGGCAGGAAAUUUGUGGUCACGAAAGGCAACAUCGCGCAGAUGUACCACGCCCCGGGGAGGAAGCGGGAGUUCAACGCGUUCGUCCUGGACAAAACCUACUUUGGGCCCUAUGAUGAGACCACGUGCAUCGACUGGACAGACGACUCCCGGUGCUUUGCAGUCGGGAGCAAAGACAUGUCCACAUGGGUGUUUGGGGCCGAGCGCUGGGACAACCUCAUCUACUAUGCUCUGGGGGGACAUAAGGAUGCCAUCGUGGCCUGCUUCUUCGAAUCCAGCAGCCUGGACCUGUACACGCUCAGCCAGGACGCAGCCCUGUGCGUGUGGCAGUGUGACACGGCCCCUGAGGGCCUGAGGCUCAAAGCCCCCACCGGCUGGAAGGCGGACCUGCUGCAGCGGGAGGAGGAGGAGGAGGACGCAGAGAGGGAGGAGGAGACCACCAUCCGCGGGAAGGCCGCACCGGCGCCUGAGGAGCAGCGGGGCAAAGUGAAGUACUCUCGGCUGGCAAAGUACUUUUUUAAUAAAGAGGGAGACUUUAACCACCUAACAGCGGCAGCAUAUCAUAAGAAAGUCCACCUCUUGGUCACUGGGUUUGCUUCCGGAAUCUUCCACCUGCACGAACUCCCGGAGUUCAGCCUCAUCCACUCCCUGAGCGUCUCAGAUCAGAGGGUCGCAUCCAUCGCCAUCAAUAGCUCCGGGGACUGGAUCGCCUUUGGAUGCUCAGGCCUGGGCCAGCUGCUGGUGUGGGAGUGGCAGAGUGAGUCCUACGUGCUCAAGCAGCAGGGCCACUUCAACAGCAUGGUGUCCCUGGCCUACUCCCCUGACGGGCAGUACAUCGUGACCGGCGGGGACGACGGCAAGGUCAAGGUAUGGAACACCCUCAGUGGCUUCUGCUUCAUCACAUUCACGGAGCACUCGAGUGGGGUCACCGGCGUGACCUUCACCUCCACCGGCUACGUCAUCGUGACCUCUUCCAUGGAUGGGACCGUGCGUGCCUUUGACCUUCACAGGUACCGGAACUUCCGCACCUUCACGUCUCCGCGCCCCACCCAGUUCUCCUGUGUGGCAGUGGACUCGAGCGGGGAGAUCGUCUCUGCUGGGGCCCAGGACUCCUUCGAGAUCUUUAUCUGGUCCAUGCAGACGGGCAGGCUCCUGGACGUUUUGUCUGGCCAUGAAGGGCCCAUCAGUGGUCUGUGUUUUAACCCGAUGAAGUCGAUCCUGGCCAGCGCCUCCUGGGACAAGACGGUGCGGCUGUGGGACAUGGUAGACAGCUGGAGGACCACAGAGAUGCUGGCCCUGACCUCCGAUGCUCUGGCUGUGACCUUCCGCCCUGAUGGAGCAGAGCUGGCUGUGGCCACGCUAAACUCACAGAUCACUUUCUGGGACCCAGAGAACGCGGUGCAGAUGGGCUCCAUUGAGGGCAGGCACGAUCUCAAGACGGGCAGGAAGGAGCUGGACAAAAUCACCGCCAAGCACUCAGCCAAGGGGAAGGCCUUCACCACUCUCUGCUACUCCGCGGACGGCCAGAGCAUUCUGGCAGGAGGGAUGUCCAAGUUCGUGUGCAUUUAUCAUGUCAAGGAGCAGAUUCUCAGGAAGAAGUUUGAGAUCUCUUGCAACCUCUCUCUGGACGCCAUGGAGGAAUUUUUGAACCGAAGGAAAAUGACAGAGUUUGGCAACCUGGCGCUGAUUGAUCAAGACGCCGCGGAGGAGGGUGGAGUCGCGAUACCACUUCCAGGUGUAAAGAAAGGGGACAUGAGCUCUCGGCACUUCAAACCUGAGAUCAGGGUGACUUCGCUCCGCUUCUCUCCCACCGGACGCUGCUGGGCGGCCACCACGACCGAGGGACUCCUUAUCUACUCCCUGGAUGCGCGCAUGCUCUUUGACCCUUUCGAGCUGGACACCAGUGUCACCCCGGGGCGGAUCCGGGCAGCGCUGCGCCAGCGGGACUUCACCAGGGCCAUCCUCAUGGCCUUCAGGCUCAACGAGAGGAAGCUGCUGCAGGAGGCCCUGGAGUCGGUGCCCUGGGAUGAGAUUGAAGUCGUCAGCUCCUCGCUUCCUGACUUGUAUGUGGAGAAGGUGCUGGAAUUUUUAGCUUCGUCCUUGGAGGUGUCCCGCCACCUGGAGUUCUAUCUCGUAUGGACCCAGAAGCUGCUUAUGGCGCACGGACAGAAGCUGAAGUCCAGGGCGGGGAAGCUGUUGCCGGCCGUUCAGUUCCUUCAGAAGAGCAUCCAGCGCCACUGGGAGGACAUCUCCAAACUGUGGCAUCGCCCUGGCCCUCGCACUUCCUGCCCCUCCCCCGGGCCCGGAGGAUCUGCGCUCGGCCUCUUCUGGGGGUCUCCCCUCCAGCUGGGGUCAGCUGUGACUGGAACCGCUACAACAUCCAGUACGCCCUGGCAAUUUCCAAGCAGCGGGGUGUGAAGCGCCCCUCGGACCCGCCGGGAAGUGAGGAGGAAGCAGGUCCGUCCGAUGACGACGAGGACAGUCUGCACCUCCUCCGGGGGCACCCCGGGGAGGUGGACACGGAUGGGCCGCUGCCCUAGAGCCGCCCUGCUGCAGGCCCGCUGGCCGUGCUUGAGACGCCGGGGGAGGUGGACGCCGCUGGAGGUUGGGGCUCUGUCCCCGAGGCUGGCGCUUCUGUGCGAAGCUGUCGCGGCCGCAGGGUCAGUGAGCUCACGGCCCAGAGCUGGCACGUGAGCGAAAGUGGACGUGGAGCCUCUGCUGCUGAAAACUGAGAGGCGAGUGGGAUCAUGUGUGUGGACUCAGACUUUGUAUGAGAAAUUUUACAUUUUUAAUACGAAGUUUUGACAAUAAACUUAGGGAUGAAAAUGUAUUUUUCUAAAAAGUAGCUAUGGGUUAAGUCUGGCCUCUGAAUUUGAAACAUUGGUGCUGUACCCUGAACGUGACUGUCCUGGGGAGAGCAGGGCCACCUGCCUGCUGGCACCUCCUGUCCCCUUGCUCGGCUGCCCUGUAGUAGAGCCUUUUUGCAG